CUUCGUUUCGUCUCGUCUCAUCCAAUGCCAGUUGAGAAGCUUCAAGCGGUCGCGCUCCUCGAGAAGGACACGAAUGGCGAUACGAUGUGGACGUGGGUCUACCCGGCGCUCGACGCGACCUGGCGCGAGCUGCUCCAGCGCAAGAGCGGUUUGGAGGCGGCGUCCGCCACUGUCGAGCUGCCUGCGUUCGUCUAUGGCCGAUUCGCAGACACGUACUUUUACAUUGUCAACCUGGUGACAUCCCCAGGCGCGCCCGAAGGCGAGACGCCGUCACCCGCAGCCCCAGACAGCUCCGAUUUGCCAGUCCUGCCCCGCGUCACGGCCUUCUCUUUGGUGCUGCUCGCCAAGGAGUUCCACCCUGAAAAGUACGAGGCGAUUGCCCGCCUUUGCGCUGCAGAGUACACUACUUCGAAGGGCAACACGGUCGCCGUUGUCCAAGCGUAUCUCAACAUCUUCACGCUUGGUCGCCAUGGCGACUUUGCGGAGGAGCAGUACGACAUUCGCAAGUCGUAUCUCGGCGCCUCCUUGAAAAACGUCAUUCAAACCUUUGGCCUCGAAACCAUUCUGCUGUACGCUGCAUUGCUUCUCAAGAAGAGGGUGGUCGUGUACGCCGACACUCUGGACACACUUUAUGAUUUUGUUCGCCCGCUGCCGUUGCUGGUGUGGCACCGCCAAAACUGGGACUCGCUGCGUCCGUACGUGAGCGUCAACGAUUCCGAGCUGGCUGAUCUGGCAGCGUCUGGCAACUUUGUCGCCGGCUUUACCGACGAGAACAUUGAAAAUCACAGCGACCUCUAUGAUGUCUUUGUGAACGUUAAUACCAAGUCCGUCAGUCUAGCACCGCAUGCACAAGAAUCUCUGGCACUCGGCAAAGUCCACAAGGAGCUGGCAACCUUCCUCACCCAAGUUGCAGCAGACGAGGCCCGCAGCGAGUCUGCCGUUGUGAAGGCUAUUGCUGUCCGCACAGGCGAGCUGCUCACGAAAAUCCGCUCGCUCACGGACGAGUCGGGCCGUGUCACAUACGAUUCUCUCAAGGCACUCGAACUUCCUCCGUCCUCGAUCAACUUUUUGUGGAAUGUGGCCUUGUCGGAAGCCAUUGCCCAUCCUUGAUUCCUUCAUGCAUGCCAACUGGUUGCUGUCCUAUUGCCAGUGACUGGAUUGAGUUGCUUGUUGAUUGAGCUUUUGUUGAUUGAUGAUGGCUUUUUUUGUUGUAAUUUUUGUCUUGUUUUUGUUUCAUACAUUUGUGCAUCCCC